AUGGAGGCCUUGAAUCGGCAAGUCCUGGAGGGACGUCUAAAUAAUCUACCUCCAGAGGAGAAAACGGAUGUGGUUGUGUUUGUUAGCUCAACGUUUACAGAUAUGUCUGUAGAGAGAAAUCAUAUAAUGAACCAAGUGACUUCUGAACUUAAUCAGUAUUGUUUGAAGAGAAAACUGGCCUUUCGGUUUCUGGACAUGAGAUGGGGGGUGAGGGACGAGGCGUCGGUGGACCACAUGACGGAGGAGAUCGUACUGGACGCUGUCCGAGUGGCGAGGGGGGACUCCAAAGGACCCUUCUUCCUGUGCCUCCUUGGUGAUAAGUACGGAAGUCGUCUGCUGCCACAUUACGUGGAGGCUACAGAAUUCAAGCUUUUACGCAGGAUCGCAAUGAGGCGUGGAUAUGACGUCAUGGUUAUGGAUGAGUGGUUUGAACGUGACGAUAAUGCAGAGCCCGCGGUGUACCGCCUGAGGUCAAUAAACGAAAUUCUUAGUCACUAUGACGACAAUGAAAACGAGGCUCUCCAAUCCAAGGAUAAGGAAAAGUGGAACCAGAUACAGGAUAAACUUCUCAUCAUGUUCCGAGCCGCAGCAGAGGAGGCGUACUCUGAUCGUCUGAUCUCCAAGGAAGCGAGACACCUGUACUUUAAAUCAGUAACGGAAUCGGAAGUUGAGGAGGGUGUGAUCUACCAGAAUCCGGUCAAGGACAAGGUCAUUGUUUAUUUUCGGAAGUUUGAUGAUAUUAACAUAAAGGACACAAAGGCAGGUGGGUGGAGAUUCAUUGAUUUGAAGGACGACAAGAUUGAUUCCGAGGUGGAAGAGUUACGAGAAAGACUAAAAAUAGCUCGUGUUCAGCCUGUAGUGGGUCCCUCACAACUGAAGAAGUUUCAUUUGAAUUGGACACCCAUUGGAAUAGAUGAGACGAAUGAGCAACAUAAACAAUACCUCAAUAGCCUGAUUGAAGACAUUAUAUUAAAGUUGAAAGUGCAAGUAGACCAAUGCGGCAAAGAAUACACCAAUUUCACCCCUCUCUACAAAGAGGUUUUACACCAUCUCCACAUCUGUGUGAAUGAAACACAGCAAUUUGCAGCCAGAGAAGAUAUUUUAGAAAGUGUGAAGGAGAGAAUGUUUCUGGUUUAUGAUAAAACCGGGGAACUAGUGGAUGAACCAACAGAGGACAUUCGGAAUGAUGUCACAUGGGAUUCACUAGCAAUGCAGCUUGAAGGAAAACUCUCCUGUAAAGAGAGCGAGCAGCGGGAGAACGAGUACAAGGCAAUCCAGGAAAAUCUCAAUAAAUUUCACUGUAAGUUUAUCCAUAGCGGAUUUCUUCAAAACAACGAUGCCGAUCCCAAUAUCAACAUGAAAGAAAUGUUCACACAGUUGCCGGCCUAUAAAUAUUACACACGCCCUAUUGUUCUGUUUGGAACGUCAGGAACAGGAAAGACUGCGAUGAUGGCAAAAAUUGCCAAAGAAUCCCAAAACUGGUUUCCUAAUUCUGUCAGUGUUAUCCGCUUCCUCGGAACAUCGUUGUUAUCUUUCUCUAUCCAGGAAGUUCUAAUGUCGAUGUGUGCACAGAUCAUUGCCCUCUAUAAAGUCAAUAUCCCACCUUAUAUUGACAUGGAAAAGGACUUUCAGUUUCUGUGUCAAUUUUUCAACUCGUUACUUUGGAAAAUUGACACUAGUUCCCGUCCCUUGAUUAUUAUAAUGGAUUCAAUCGAUCAACUCAGUAACCUGAAUGAUUCACACACGAUGAGCUGGCUUCCAAUGCAACUUCCAAUGAAUGUACAUGUGGUUGUUUCGAUGAUUCCCAAUAUCCACUGUUGUCUUCAGAACAUCUUAGUAAAGAUGCCUUGCAGCGAGCAAUAUGUAGAAAUUCCGGACAUGACAAUGGAUAUUGCAGAUGAGAUGAUUAGCAUCCACCUCAAAUCCAAAGGACGGCGAAUCACAAAGAUCCAGCGGAGAUUCAUUCUGGACAAGUUUGAGAAAUGUCCACAACCUUUGUACAUGCGCAUGAUUCUCGAUCAAGCUGCACUCUGGCGAUCAUCUACAGUCAUGUUGGAUAUGUCGGUUGGGGACAAUAUCAAUAUGGCUAUCAACAAAUUUUUCACGAAUCUAGAACGGAAACAUGGAGAACUAACUGUCAAGAAAACUAUGGCCUACAUGUCAGCGUCUCAUGAUGGAAUCAGCGUUUCCGAGUUGGAGGACAUGUUGUCUCUUUCCGAUGAAGUUCUCCAAGACACUUAUAUUUACCAUCUCCCGCCUAACGACCAACACAUCCGGGUCCCGCCCUCCAUUGUGUCGCAGAUGAUGACGGAAAUAACACCUUACGUCAUCAUAAGAAAGGCGGGUCCGUUUAAGAUACUCAGUUGGUUCCAUCGUCAGUUCAGAGAGGUCUGCACUGGUCGCUUUUUACCAGAAAACUCAACGGAAUCAAUCCACAAAGAAAUGGCAGACUACUUUCAGGGAAUCUGGUACAAGAAAGUUAAGCCACUUACUCUAUACAAAGUGAAAAAGGGGGAAUUUCCCAACGCCGAUAGAGGCGUGCGCGCACAGAAUAUAAGAGACAUGAACAUGUAUAACAUUCGCAAAUUGUCCGAGUUACCUUUUCAUCUUAUCAAGUCUCAUCAGUUUGAGAAGUUCCGGGAUCUUUGCGGAUUGAACUUUGAGUUUCUCCAAGGUGUUGUGCAUAUACUCUCGGUGAACAACGCCAUUCGAAUGUUGGGAUUAGCAAUGCAGAUGAUGAACAGUGCAGGAGAGAUUGAAUCUUCACAAGUGUACGAGGACUUGGACAUUGUACACCAAAUUUUGUUGAAGGGCUUAGAGAGUAUUCGAAAAGAUCGAAACAAUCUGGCUGUGGAGAUCAUUUCCCAGCUGGGACCCAGCUACUCUGGCUCUCCUCGUCUGCAGUCGCUAGUUAGAGACGCCCAGAACUUUCUGAGAGAUUCCGAUACAGCAGCUUUUAUUCCGUUAAAUCGGAUCGCUCCGGGUCCAGGAACUGUUUUAAAAUUCUCCAUUUCAGCUGAAGUCUUCAGAAAAAACGAGGAGGAUAGGUUCAGAUGUUAUGGUCAAGUUCUGAGUGUGGAUGAGAGGAACUCUAACCUGAAGUGUAUAUACAGCAUUGGACAGCAGCGCUAUGUGUAUACAAUGUGUCUACAGAACUAUGGAAUGAUUAAAUCCCGUCAGAAGAUAAAGGCAGAGGUCCAAUCUACCAAAAUGGCCGGAGGAGACAGAUUCAUCAUACUAGGACAACCAACGACUUUGGAACUUUAUGAGGUGUCCUCUUGGAAUAAGAUGCCUUUGAAAUAUGAUCCAAUAGAUGCUUUAACUGUAUCUAAAUCAGGAAGAAUCCUAGCCUACUCCACAGUUUUAUUUUCAAAAGUGGUGGUCUGCCAGAUAGGCGAUACUGUUACAAACAUUUCAGAGCUGUUUAUAUUGGAUUUGGAAAACAUUCUUCAGAUAAGGAUUUCACAUAAAGACGACUUUUUGGUUGUCGUAAAUGAGAGAGAGGAAGUUUCCACAUAUGAUAUUAGUACAGCAAAACAUCUGUACACUAAAGAGACCAAAAAGGACGGGACUGUUAUUUCAAACCAUAGUACAGUAAAGGCGAGGCUGGAAGACACCGUUCAGAUUACCUCUGACAACAAACUUAUAAGUCUGGAUCCCAAUACUUCGUCCUUAUGUCUAAAUGAUUUGGUCAGUGGAGAGCAACUUCACUCAUUGAAUCUCUCUCAGCAUGGUUCAGCAAAUAUAGUAUCCUUGCACUCAUCAGAGAAAUACCUAGCAACUGUUGACAGAACACGAUCGAAUUACUCGCACAUAUGGCGCGUGUGGGAUUUAUGUAAAGGAACACUCUUUUCUUCCCCCGAUAAUGCUGCUGAAUAUGAAAAGAUGGGAGAUUCAGGGGAUACCCAUUACGAAUCACCUCACGUAGGAGUAAGCAGUAUGCAGUUGUUCGGUGAUGAGGAUCUUUUCUUGGCCACUGUGGAAAUUCAGAAUCCUUCCAUAGUCAAAGUGCUGUACAUAGGUUCGGAGGCUACUCCACUACCGGAAGCUACACCAUACUGCAAUCUCAUUGGUCACUACCAAAUUAUUCUUCAGAUGUGUGUUGUUUUAAAGGAAUGUCAGUUGGUGACCGUAUCUAGGGAUAACACGAUUAAAAUUUGGGACAUCCAUAAAAUUGCCUUGAACUUCACUGAUAAAUUUGGCAAAGAUCCAGAUCCGGAGAAAGUGAGGAGCUACUUUGACAGACAGGUCAUGACAGAAUCCACAACUACGAAGUUUGAUAUCAGCAGAGAUGACAAGAAAGCAUUCAUAGCGACGACAACUGGACAACUAAUUGUUCAUGACCUUGAGAACAACACACUUCUGCACAGCCAUAAAAUAGAGGGCAGCCAAGUCGACUUCCUGUUGAUGUCGUCUUCAGGGCAAUACGUCACCAUGGCAACAGACAAAGGCGAAAUUAGUAUUCUGAGUGUGGAUAACUACGAAGUUAAACACAAAUUGAAGCAUGGGAUGCCUAAGAUUGACUGCAUGGCAGAAAAUAACAACGUAGUUGUGGUGGGCACACAAGGGACGGAGGCCCAAGGGAGUGUAUGGAACAUUGAGUCAGGUGUUUUGUUGAAGGAGUUUAAGUUUCCUUACUCUUUAAGAGUGGUGGCACUCACAUCUACAGGAGACAAGAUUGUAACAUCAUUCUUUGAUUACCCGGUGAUUCUGACCAUUGACAACGACAACAAAUCUAUGGACAUGACUCAGGUAGAUACCGCUAUGGCAGAUGCUUCCUGUGUUGCUAUUGACAGCACAGACAGCCGGGCGCUCAUUGGUUCUUCUGACGGACAGAUCCGUGUCAUUGACAUAGCGGGAAAAUACGAAUUCAGGUUAGGACAGAUUUCCACAGUCACAUCUGCAGUGUUCUUCCCAGAUGGCAAAAAAAUCGUAUCUGGCGGUUACAAGAAUAUCUUUGUCUGGGAUUUGGUCCAAGCACGACUACUGUAUCGAGUAAAGAAGCACGACAACUUCAUCACUAAAAUUUUAUUUGACAAAAGUGGUAAGAUCAUGGUGACUGCUUCCUUGGACAAAAAUUUAGUCAUGUGGGACACACCCUCUGGAAUGUCAAUAGCUACUUACUACGGUCACAACUCAAUGGAUCAGCUAAAAAUAACUUCCAAUGGAGGGAAGGUAUUGUUUAUCCCGGAUAUUGUUAAUUAUAUCGGUUUACUGGAGCCCAAUCAAGCUCUAAAAAGCAUGAUGGUUGGGGACAAAUCUGUGAUUAGGGACUCCCUGUUGAAAGCUCAAGCCAUGGCAUUGUCUUUCUCCAGCCAAAGAAUAAAGCAGGGUCCAUCUCAAAUGUGUGCCAUCUUGUAAAUGGAAUGAAAAAAAUAUA